UUGUCAUUUGCCAGCACUGAUUGAACAUGACCCGCGCACAGCGAGGGCGUAGGAACAGACGAUCGAGGGCACGGGUACGCAUAUCCAUUUCAUUCUUUCCCACUACAACAUGCGCGGCAGUAUACUACUUGUAGUCCACUUCGGCGCCUGCUCCGACUACUCCACAGCCUCUGUGUAAUCGCAGCUUCUUCCGUGACACCCGCUUUCUUGCAUCUAACUUCACAUCCGUCCACUAUGGGUGCUGAGCAGUCCAAGUAUGAAGGUUCGCCGGAGAUUCUGGAGGCCAGGGACUUGGCCUCGGUCGCGAAGUAUAUGAACUCGGCCGAGUGCAAGAACGUGUUUACGAUGCUAGGAGCAGGGAUCAGCACGUCGGCUGGUAUUCCCGACUUCAGAUCGCCAGAGACAGGUCUUUAUGCGAACCUCGCUCGACUCAAUCUGCCUUAUCCGGAGGCUGUCUUUGAAAUCAACUACUUCCGCGAGAACCCCAGGGCUUUCUAUACGUUGGCCCAUGAGCUGCUGCCCGGGCGCUUCCGGCCGACCCCUACACACUCCUUCGUCCGCCUUCUCAACGACCACAAGCUACUUCACACGUGCUUCACUCAGAACAUAGAUACUCUCGAGAGGCGUGCAGGGGUCCCCGGAAACAAGAUCGUCGAGGCUCACGGGAGCUUCGUGGGCCAGCACUGUAUAGAAUGUGACACCGAAUGCGACGGCGAGAAGAUGAGACAGGCCCUGAAUACAGGCGAAAUUGCGAGAUGUCCUGAAUGCGAUGGCUUAGUAAAGCCGGACAUCGUUUUCUUUGGAGAAUCUCUCCCACAGCUCUUCCAUCGUUCCGUCCCGAACCUGCGCAACGCUGAUCUACUCUUCGUGAUUGGCACCUCCCUCACAGUCCAGCCUUUCGCAUCUCUCGCCUCUCUCGUGCCGGCGCACUGCCCGCGCGUCUUGAUCAAUCUUGACGCGGUGGGAGAUUUUGGGAGCAAACCAGAUGAUGUCAUCUGUCUGGGUAGAUGUGAUGAUAUUGUGCGGGAUCUGUGCAAGGCGCUCGGAUGGGCAGACGAGUUGGAGGCGGCAUGGAAGGAGACGGAACGUAGCCUAGUUGAUUUCACUGAAGCACCACCGGAGAAGAGUCCAGGUCCGACUGCCGAAGAAGAGAAAAAGCAAUUAGAGCAGGAUGUGGAGGAGAUCACGGACAAAAUGCGUGAAGUGCUCGGCAAGGCACCGAGUCAGACUUCAUCGGAGGAAACGAAGGGCAUUGAACAGUCACCAGUUGUGACUGGCGCCGAGAUCCCAGUGAUUGAGGAUGGGCCGCAAACUGUAGAGGACACCGCGAUUCAGAACGAGGGCGAUAACAUCAAGGAGACAAAGGAGAAGCUCUAAGUGUUCAGCAAUGCGAAAUGUAUGAUACUCUGGCUUAGUAGUACGGUACAUAUAGCGCAUCUGGCGGCAUGUCUAAAUUCAUUGCAUUGUACAUGA